AUGAGACAAAUACAAGUGAGCGUAGCAGAGAAACAUUCAAAAAUUCAAAAAGUAAACAGUUUGGAGCUCGAGGUAAAUAAGAUAAGGGAAGAAAUCGGUCGAGAUCGUCAGGAAAUCGAUAAAUUAAAACGAAACAUUCAAACGCGGCGGCAAGUUUUGCAAGAAUCUCUUGCCUACUUUAAAAAAUUUAAAUCUCAUCAACAAGCUUUAAUUACGAAAGACAUUGAUAAUACAAAAGAAAGGUGGCGGCAUGUACAUCAAGUACUUGCGCACUCAAGAAAAGUCUUGAUCGGUGAACUUGUUUCUUUGUUCGAUCUAAAAAGAAUACCAAUUCAGGAAAAUCAUAAAAUUAGAGAGAAUGGUGGUAUAUCAGAAAAUGGUCAUAAAUCAACAAAUGGCUUUAGUGAUGAUGAUUGUGAACAUGCAAUAGCUAGCAUAACUUUGCCAAAAAAAGCCCAUUACAUAAAUAGGAAAGAAAGUGAAAUAACAAAAAUCAAUACCGCCGUCGGGCACGUGAUGCAUAUGAUUGGAUUGAUCGCAUAUUAUCUUGGCAUAAAAUUGCCAUUUCUAGUAAUAAAUAAGGGCCAUAAGUCUUUUGCUAAGGGUUCAAUUCAUGGAAUUCCAAUAAGUAAAAGGCCUCUUUAUUUGGCUGAUCGUAAUUCUGAAGAUUUUACUAUAGGAAUGGCGAUGCUUAAUUACAAUAUCGCAUAUUUAUGUCAUACACAAGGUGUGGAUAUUCCUUAUCCCAGAGUAUCACAUACACUACAGAAUUUAUUUUUGUGUUGUCAGGCGGCAAAUCUUGGGCGGAUGGGUCACCUCACUGCUUUGAAUCGGAUUUUUGACCAAUCGUUCAAUUUAGAAUUUGAAGAGGUUGUAAAAUGGAUGUUUCUACGGAGAAAUGGGAAUGAUUUAGAAGAUGGUGAAUUAAGGUUUAAUAUACCGGGCGCUCUAUAUGAUUAUUUUGAAGAAGAUAUUGAUGAUGAUAAUGAAAAUGUGGAUGGGGAAACUUGGGUUCUUUGUGACACUGUAUAG